AUGCUCAAAAUUAGCAACUUCGACCACUCUUCCCGACUCCUUAUGAUACAUUGCCAACACAUGAAUCCAACUCUGUUCCCAGUGGUUACUCCGAGGUCGAGACACCACGAGCCUUUGUCUCAUAUCCCAUCUUUUGCUGUCUACUCUGACCAAAACCUCGGAUCAUCCGCAGGGACUUAUAUAAGACAUGCUAUGACGUGGGCACUACCUGGUGCCACUGGCCAUUCGUUGAAACUGCUGUUACGGAGAACUCACCAUGUAACCUACGGCCCGGACUUGGGACUUCUGAUUAGGUGUCGUCAGGUAGGGUCUUGA